AGGCUCACGUUCUCAGUGUCACAGAACAGAGGGGCACGCCAUGCCUGUUCCUUAGCGUGGCGGCGCGGCUGGGCGGGCGACGGCCGGCGGCCGGCACCAGCACCACUCGCACGAGCGGCGGCCGGCGGGUGAGGCCUCGGUACGACGGUGCCGCGGCCGGCGUCGGGCAGCCGCGCAUCGGCGGGUGACCCGGCGAGGAGGCGACUGUCCAGCAGUCAAGCCGGCCGGCAGCGAGAGGCCGCGCAUCCACGGUGACCUGGUGAGACGGCGACCGUCCAGCGGUCAAGCGGCCGGGCUGAGCACUUGGACGGCCGGGCGGCGAGCACCGCCGACGGCGAUUCUUCAGCAGCGGUGACCAGCCGACCAGAGGCUAAUUCAAUUGGGUGAGGACUAACUACCCUUUGCCAUUUCAUGAUUUUAGAAUUUCGUAGGAAGACUGGAUCUGUUAGUUGUUUCCUAGUUCAUUCUACAUUUAAUCUCUUCCUUACUGAUAUGCGGAGAGAUAAAAGAUUUGCAGACGUGAAAAGUCUAGCAGAUUUCCGUUAUGCUUGUUCAAACAGAUAUGCACCUUAGACAUUAAACAAGCUUCUGAAAUUGGUGCUAGUACUUCCAGUAGCUACUGCUAGUGUUGAAAGAGUAUUUUCAUCAAUGAAUUUUGUGAAAAAUAAAUUGAGAAACAAGAUGGGGGAUCAAUAUUUAAAUGAUUGCUUGGUCACAUUUGUUGAGCGUGAGUUCUUUUGCAAGCCAAGGAAGCAGAUAUCAUCAAACAUUUUCAAGCCAUGAAGGAACGAAAGUUAAUAUUUGAUUGUAAUAUUUUUAAAGUAUUUUGUUAUUUUUCUUUUUUCAUGGAUAUCUUAGUCCUUAGACUUGAUGCAUGGAACAAUUUGUGCCUUUCGUUUACAAUGAUUCUGUGAGCUACUUUCUACUUUUUAGGUUGAUUUUUUUCAAAGGAAAUAGGAAUACCCAACUUUGUAAUCCUGGCUCCGCCACUGUCUCGCCGACUCGCCGUUGUCUGAGAGAAAGAUUCCCUGUUAGCUGAAAUUGGCUUGAGGUUUUUUUUUUCUUGAAGAACAAAUUGGUUGGAAGAUUGAAUAGGGGGAACAGGAGGACUAGAGAAUGGUGAAGGGGAGGGCGAAGCCAACGCCAGUCAACGCGCCGGCUGAGGUGGUCUUCGACCCAUCGGCCUCCGGCGCCCGGAAGCCCCUGCACCCAGGGGCGCCGUCCACCAGCAACAAGUGGCGCAGCUUCAUGGGAUCGGAUCUCUUGGAUAUGUAUCAGAAGCCAGUUUUGUUGAAAUCUGUGGACACAUCUGAUGAUGAGCCUGACAUUGAUAUUGGGAAGCUGUUGAAAGAUGUUGAGCUCUUUGGUGCAUCUUCAUUUAAGGAGCGGAAGAAAAUCAAGAACCAUAAAGUGGUCGAAUUGGGUGGAAAGGCAUUAAGAAAACACCACACACCAUUAAGUGUAGCAAAGCCAACUCUUAAGAAUCAGAAGAAAAGAGAGUUGAAGAAAAUUGAAGAGGAAAAGCUACUUGGGAUUUUUAGGAAGCGAGACAAGAAUAGCAAAGUUCAGAAGACCAGACCAGAGGACCGAGUUCUCAAGGCCAUGGAAGGACACUUCAAGAAUGGUAUACUUGACGUGAAGCAUCUUCUGUCGGCACCAAAAUCAUCAGGCAAGGAUGCGCCGGAGCAAAAGAUGAGAAAGGGCAAGCACAAGGGGAAGGGAAAACAGAAGGGAGGCAGAAGAAAGAAGCGUCGAGGAAAACACUUUUGUAACAAGUUUUGUAUUAAGAUAGAUGAAUGAAACUUUAGAUGACACCUUGUAAUCUUUCUGGCAUUAAGAUAUUGUACCUUGUUCUGCUGGAAUCUUGGAAGCAAUACUUAAACCAUGUAAUCCUCGAGGGAAAUGAAACACCUGUGACAUAACGGCGCAUGUAGAAGGUGCUGAUAUAUAGGUUGAAUGAAAC